CUAGCAAAAACUCCAAAUCUAAAUCAGAACCAGUAAUGGGUAUCCGGUUGCCAUCAUUGAUUGCCAAUGCAAAGCAAAUCCUGACACUGCAGACCCGUCUCUCGAAAAAUUAUCAGACUGGUGUUCCGAAAGGGCACGUGGCAGUCUACGUCGGCGAGGAGCUCGAAAAGAAGAGGUUUGUGGUUCCAAUAUGUUACCUGAACCACCCUUCAUUCCAGGACUUGCUUAGUAGGGCAGAGGAAGAGUUUGGGUUUAAUCAUCCAAUGGGAGGCUUAACAAUUCCUUGCCAAGAACAUGUCUUCGUCAGUCUUUUUUCUCAGUUGCAAGGGUUAUACUGAGAUUAACUAAUUUAUAUUUUGACAUGAAAUUUUCUCUUUAUUUAUUUAUUUAUUUUUUCUGUUUAGUGUGGAAGAAUAUUUCACUGAACAGAUUCCCAAAUGUAAUUAAUUAAAUGGGUAGAGAAAGAUUGAUUUCAUAUCCCAUGAUGAGAAUAAU